AUGGCUUCUGUGGUGGCAUUUACAGAUGAUGCGGUUCUUCCUGUAAGUCUUGUUUUUGAUGCAUUGAAGGAGCUUGGGAAUGGAGCUACUGAUAAGUGUGAACCUCAAAUUAUGACCGAAGUGUCUUCUUUAAGUCAGCUGCCCCUGGGGUCUUCCUCUGUGGACGUUGUUUUUACUCUUUGUAAAUCGAUUGAAUUUCCAAGUGAGCAGUUGUUAGGGGAAAUCUCAAGGGUCUUGAAGCCUGGUGGAUCAGUCCUAAUUUACAGGACUUCUGAUUCUUCUACAGGGGAAAGUGAUAAGACCACCUCUGUUAUUGAGCGCAAGUUACUAUUGUCUGGUUUCCUAGAAGCACAAGCUCUUCAAGGGAAAUCAAAUUUACCAUCUGAGUUGUCCUUUGGGGUCAAGGCUAAAAAACCUUCCUGGAAGAUUGGUUCAUCCUUUGCCUUAAAAAAGACCACCAAAAGUUUACCAAAAGUUCAGAUCAAUGAUGAUUCAGAUCUGAUUGAUGAGGAUAGUCUAUUAACAGAGGAGGACUUAAAGAAACCCCAGCCGGUUCUAGCUGGUGAUUGUGAAGUUGGAAGCACAAGGAAAGCUUGUAAAAAUUGCACUUGUGGGAGGGCUGAAGAAGAGCAGAAAGUGGAGAAGUUAGGCUCGACAGUAGAUUUGGACAAUUUCAAGUCCCAAUGUGGCAGUUGCGGACUAGGUGAUGCUUUUCGAUGCGCUACAUGUCCUUUUAAAGGUCUUCCUCCAUUCAAACCAGGAGAGAAGGUAUCUUUGUCAGCGAACUUCCUUGCAGCAGACAUCUAA